GGCUCCGCUUGCUCCAAUCAGCUCAGCAAACUCAAACUCAUCUCUUGCUCCCUCCCGGCCAGAGACCCCCAAAAGCAGCAGCAAAGCCGCGCCGCGAAGCUAGCUCGUCGAGCUCGACCUUCAUUCCUAAUGGCGGCAUCAGUAGCCUGCGCCUUCUUCUUCGACGCGGAGCCGGCCGGCGAGACCGGGAAGCACGCGCUGGACGCGUGCGCGCUCUGCACCAAGCCGCUGGCGCGCGACAGCGACAUCUUCAUGUACAGAGGGGACACCCCCUUCUGCAGCCAGGAGUGCCGGUGCGAGCAGAUGCAGCUCGACGCCUUCUAUGCCAGGCAGGCGGCCAAGGCGGCUGCCCGGAGGCAGCGGCAGUUCUCUUCCGGGACAGAGGCCGGCAGCGGGAAGCCGGAGUCCAGGGAGGUGCCCGUCGCAAGCUAAAUUGACCGGCGAAGCUGCAAACGUGGCCCAGGAAAAGUUUUGUUUGCGUGAGAAGAAACAUCUAAGUUUCGAUGUUUUGAGAUAGAAUCAUAGGCCCCCCUCCGGCAUCUACGGAGCCACCGUUGUCCGUGCGAGCUGAUUGAGCAGCGCAAUCGGAGUUCUCUUGGCUGGCCGCCGCUGCACGCGCGGCUCCGGUCAACCUAUUUGGCCUUCAGAGCUGCAGACAAGAAAGGGAUUGGAUCUGGAGAAGGCAAAUCAGGCCAAGCGACAGCGUGCACCUACGAUUUUCUUGCCACCUGCUGCUUCCUUUUUCCCCGAAACGGAGCCCCUUCCAGUUUCUGAUUUUUUUUUUCAUUGUAUUACUCCUGCAAGAGUAGCUUGCAAGUUGCAAGACCAUGCUCACUGUGUAAAUCUCCAAGAUAAUCGAAAUCAGGGUAUUUGUGACCAACUUCGUCUAA